AUGGCUCCCUUCCUCGAGACCCUCCGGGACCUAUUCCCCCACUGUCUCUGGAUCCUCUUCCACUGGCUUUUACCCCAGCUGCUCCCUCUAGCCAGCACCACCAUCAGCGGGUUUCUAGACCAGAUCUACACCGACAUCAAAGACGCAGUCAACGGACUUGUCGGAUGGGCCACUAGAACCCCCAGAGUUCGAUACACCCUGUUCCGUCCCAUUAGGUACAAGGACCGUAGACCGCUGGUUGCUUGGCAGCCGGAUGGACCAGCAGCCUCGCCUGACGGACCCCCUGACAACGCCCGGUUCAUGCAGUCUUGGAAUGGUGCUGAUGUCGAGAUGCUGGAAGAGCAAUACCAGAUGAAGUACACCUGCGGGUGCGUCAGCUCCCUCAUCUCGACCGACAAGUGCCCGGACUUCCAAGUCGGCAAGUUCUGCCUCUCGGCCUGGGCCUCCUACAGCUCGGACUUCGUGCUGACCAAGAGCGCGUGCUCCAAGUGCCGCGCUGCCCGCACCGAGAAGCGCGACAAGGCGUAUAUUGAGAGGAACAGCGGCGCCGCUGCUAUGAAGAAGGCCGCGGACCAGGCGGCUGUGAAUGAGCUUGGAGGUAAGUCUUAUGCGUGGGAGUAG